UGACAGCACUCAAGGCUGAUAAGCAUUAGAAGAGGUAAGGGACACUCGUUCAAGUCUGGGACCUGUCAUUUCCUGGACAAUCUAGAGUGCUGGAAAGUUGUUCCCAGGACGAGAGGGAGAAGAAAAAUCACCUGGUGAUCCAGAGCAUUAAUAACAGUUUAUAGUCGCCUAGAGUUUUAUGCGUCUUGAUGCGAUCAGGCGCGAACAGAAGGUGAGCGCACAUGGGCGAACAUUUGUCACUUUAAACCAGUGACCGGAAAAAAACAGUCUGUGAAAAAAAAAAAGUUAAACUGAAGAAAAAGGGUAGAAAAAUUUCAUGUCCAUGUUUUCCGCUCCCGGUGAGGAGAAUUCUAUUAAGUCGAGGAAGUUUUCAGGAGUGGCGCGUGGAACAAGACCCCCAGAUUUGGAGCUGUGGGCGACAGUCAGUGCGCCUGGAUCAGGAGCAGCUGCGGGCGAAGAGAGGAUGCAAGAGGAAGGCAGCUCCCCUGUAGGAGCCCCCCCUGUUCACCUGCAAACCUACCUGUCUCAUCCCCGGAUGUCCGUGCGGAUGUCGGUGUACAGCACAGGGCUCCGUCCAGCGCUCAGCCGCGCCUACAUCCAGGGACGCGUGUAUAACUUUCUGGAAAGGCCAUCUGGCUGGAAAUGCUUCAUGUAUCACUUCACAGUGUUCCUCAUAGUGCUGGCCUGUCUGAUCCUUAGUGUCCUCUCUACCAUCGACCAAUUCCAGGCUCUGGCUCAUACAACUCUCUUCUGGGUGGAGAUCGUCCUUGUGGUGUUCUUCGGCGUGGAGUAUUUUGUCCGUGUUUGGUCCGCAGGCUGCCGCAGUAAAUAUGUUGGCAUCUGGGGCAGACUACGCUUUGCCAGGAAGCCAAUAUCUAUUAUAGAUCUGAUAGUGGUUGUUGCUUCAAUAGUUGUGUUGUCAGUGGGCUCCAAAGGCCAAGUUUUUGCCACUUCUGCUGUAAGAGGGAUUCGCUUCCUGCAGAUCCUGCGAAUGCUGCAUGUUGACAGGCAAGGAGGAACCUGGCGUCUCCUGGGCUCGGUUGUCUUCAUUCAUCGGCAGGAGCUGAUCACCACUCUGUAUAUUGGGUUUCUGAGCCUGAUCUUCUCCUCAUACUUCGUCUACCUGGCAGAGAAAGAUGCAGUUGAUUCCACAGGUUCCACUGGCUUUGGGAACUAUGCAGAUGCUUUGUGGUGGGGAGUGGUGACUGUGACUACAAUUGGCUAUGGAGACAAAGUACCACAAACCUGGAUUGGAAAGACCAUUGCAUCCUGCUUCUCAGUGUUUGCGAUCUCUUUUUUUGCUCUGCCUGCAGGAAUUUUAGGCUCUGGCUUUGCCCUGAAGGUGCAGCAAAAGCAAAGACAGAAACACUUCAACAGACAGAUCCCUGCAGCUGCCUGUCUCAUACAGACAUCAUGGAGAUGUUUCGCAGUGGAGAACUUUGAUUCAGCUACAUUCAAGCUGUUUUUGAGAAAGAAAUCCAACAUCCCUGCCUCUCUAUCCACCCCCAAGCAGAAAAAAAUGGUGAAGAUGAGGAGGAAGAUGAAGAGUACUGACAGAGACAAUGGUCCAGCUUCUCCCACAGUCCCAAGUAUCACCUGUGACUCUGUGUUUGACAGCGGAAGGGAGCUAAGUUCAGAUGUUUACAGCACUGUUGGGACAGAUCGGCAGCAGUCAUGGACAUCUCUGUCUUCUCUGCAGUUCAGCUCAUCGCCCCAAGUGAAAAAAGGCCCCAGCCUUAUAGAUACCCAGUCCUCCUUCCAACUCCCAAGAAACUGCAGCUUUGCUGACGACCUAGAGCUGGAAUCAGAGCGAGAAAGUGAACUGGCUCCAGCUAGCACAGUAGCACAUUUGACAGAGUCGCAUCGAAAAGCCAUCCGUGUGAUACAGAAAAUGCGUUACUUUGUGGCCAAAAGAAAUUUUCAGCAAGCCCGUAAGCCAUAUGAUGUUCGAGAUGUAAUUGAGCAGUAUUCUCAGGGUCACCUCAACCUCAUGGUUCGAAUCAAGGAGCUACAGAGAAGGCUAGAUCAGUCUUUAGGGAAGAUGACUUUGUUCCAGACGGGUUCAGACCGAGCCAGAGAUAAAGGAAACAACUCUAUUGGAUCCAGGCUCAACAGAAUGGAGGACAAGAUAACACACAUGGACCAAACACUGAGCCGCAUUGCAGAGUCCCUCACCUUCCUGCUGGACCAGAGGGAUGUCACUGGUGGUGAAAUUAGAAGCAAGCUGAGACCUCGGCUCAGACGAACCAGUAAUGUUCUCCCUAGUCAGGACAGCUUGCCAAGUAAUGACCAGCUGUCGCCUUCAUCCUUCUCCAACAACACCAGCACUAUGCAGUGCCCCAACCCUCCACUCAACUCCACUGCCAGUCAGGAUGAGAGCUGGUGAAACUUGAAACUAGACAUCCUCACAGCCUUCACGGUGUUUGCUUAUCUGUUUAUGACGGGUAAACACACACUGAAUAGACUCUUCAGUCUACGAUGGACACAUGUAACUACAGCUGCAUUCUGAAAUACUGACAUGACAUCAUGAGGUUUGGUUUUUUUAGAACAAACCUUCACCAGGAUGUGUAGCAUAAGUCAGGAUAAACAUCUGGGAUAAAUGCAAGAUAGCAGUUUCUAUCAAGUCAUGUUUGCUGAGCAGUUUUUAUUUCCAAGGUCCAAUUUUGAUAUAUUUAUUGUCUCAGAUUGAAUCUCUAAUCUUUAUUUAAAUUAUCUCUAUCUUUUAGAGUUUUAAAAUAACAUUAAAUGGUAUUUAAAAUCGAAGGGAAGGGGCUGUUCCAACUCUUUUAUUUCCGAUUUCUCCUGAGUGGUGCCCGACUUUAGAUUAGAUUAGAUUAGAUUAGAUUAGAUUAGAUUAGAUUAGAUUA